AUGGUGUAUGAUGCUUCGCUGUGCCAAAUACAAACGCCAAGGCGACAGAAUCGCUUGAAAGGAUUGGGGUCUUGCUUUCCACCGAAACUGAAGGUAACGGUUCCAAUACCACACCACAAUUUGGUACAAUUGGAACAGAGGCGGAAUGCAUCCAUGUUGGCCGACUGCGAAUAUAUACUCAGUUCGGGAAAAGACAGUGCCGUGAAACUGUGGGAACUCGCCACUGGACGUUGCCUCAUCACAUACACCGGAGCGGGUACCGUCGGACAUCAGACACAUCGAUCAAUGGCGGUCUUUAACCAUACAGAGGAUUACGUGCUCUUUCCUGACGAAGCGACAAAGAGCCUGUGUUGCUGGGAUUCGCGCAAUGCAGACCGACAGCGUCUACUCGCCUUGAAUCACAAUGGCCCCAUUCGGUGCUUCGUGCAUUCACCAACUACCGCUGCCUUCAUGUCUUGCAGCGAUGACAACCGAGCCCGGUUUUGGUAUAAACGGCCUAUAUCGGAUUAG